ACUCGGAAUAUUGGGAAAAGUUGAUGCAUCUGACAAUCUAGUGAAAUGGGAACAUAAAAGUUUCUACCAGGAGAAGAAGCAAGAGAGGAAUGAAUUUCCUCCCAGACAACAUCAAUUUACUGGUCGCAAAAUACAAGGUGGUGGUGGUGAUGGUGCUAGGAACCAAUUUCUUAAGGACAGUAGCCAUGACUCAUGUUCAGGAAGUGUAGGAAAAGGUGUGGACAAGAACAUGAAUAAGGUUGAAGAAACAAGGAGGAGACCCAGGUUGAAUUGGGGUGAGGGACUUGCUAAGCUUCAGAAAAAUAAAUCUGAGAAUGAUAGCGUCAGCGCAGCUUCUUCUGCUGCUACUCCAACUUCUGUUGGCUACAGUUCCUUGUCAGGUACCAGAGCACCGGGUGGUGGUGAUGAGUCUGGAUCUGGCUCCUAUGGCAGAAAUACCAGAGCUUCCAGGGACCCUAGACCCCAGUUCUGGGAAAAUGUUAAAAAGAGACACUUUGAUGACGUGCCAACACCUCCUUCUCAUGCACAUUCAAUGAACAUCUUGAAAGGGAUUAACUAUGGAGAACAACACAAUGAUGAUCAUAAUAAGAACUAUGAGAAGGAGAGUUUUAUGAUGUUGAAUCCGGUUAAGAAGUGGAACCGUGCUGAAAGGUUCUAUUCUGGAGGCAACGGAAAGGGAAAGGAGAAGAAUGCGAAUGUAGCAGGUGGUGCUAAUGAGAUUGAAGAGGCAAGGAAGAGGCCUAGGUUGAAUUGGGGUGAUGGACUUGCAAAGUUUGAGAAAGAGAAAACUGAGGCUGAAGGUGUAAGUGCAACUUUGGCUGUUGUUGCUGCUCCACCUUUGGUUGCAUGCAGUUCCUUUGCAGGUGUGGCUGAUAUUUUACGUGUAAAAACUGCAACGGGGGAAAAUAAUGGGGGCGAUAUUUUAUCUGCCUCUAUCGUUGAGUUUCUAGAGUCUGCAGAUUUGAGCUCUAGUUUAGGAAGAUCCAAUGCAAUGACAAAGGUGCUGAUAUGGAAAACUGUUGUUUCUACAGCACUGGAGCAGAUUCAAACAGAAAUUGUCUCACUUGAAAAUGAACUGAAGACAGUACAAUCUGAAUCUGAACCUGGUCGCAGUCCAGAGGCAUUGCAUGUUGUCCCCUCUAAUGACGGAAAUACAGAGAAGAGGCCUCUUUCUCCUAACUUGCAUGAGAGUGCAGAAGAUACUUUGUGUAAGACAAUUAUUUCUUGCAAUAGAGAAACAGUGGAAAGAUCAUGCGCUGUAUUUGACAAUUUUUGGCCUACAAAAUGUCGCAAGAUCAUGUGCAGUAGCUCACUAUCCCAUGAAAAUGCAGUCAUGAAAGAAAAGCUUGCAGAGAAACAGUGGUUUGGUAGAUUUAAGGAAAAGGUUUUAAUGACUAAAUAUAAAGCCUUGGAUCACCUAUGGAAAAAGGAUACACUCUUACGAUCUCUGAGAAAAAACCCGCCACCAUCUCAUAGCUAUUUUGAGUCGAGUCUGCGAACCAUCGGUAGUGGUUGUCACAGGAACCGGUCCUCUACCAGUCACCGUUUUCAUUUCCCUGGAAAAAUAGGAAAUGUUGAUUUGUUGUUUAGUAAGGAGGAGUUUAGAAAGUGUAUCUGCGAUGACCUACUUGCUUUUAUUAGGCUGACUCUGGGAAAUAAGCUAAGCUUGGUUCCAACAUCUGAGAUGAUAAACUUUACAAGCCAACUGCUUUCAAAAUCUCAAAAUGAAGUUAAGAGAAGCAUCUUAAAGACGCCAUCAUUGAUUUUGGAUGAAAAGGACAAAAUGGCUUCAAUGUUUAAAUCUAGUAAUGGGGUGGUUGAAGAUCCACUGGCUGUGGAGAAGGAAAGGGCCAUGAUCAACCCUUGGACUUCGGAGGAGAGAAACACUUUUUUGGAGAAAUUUGCAGUCUUUGGAAAAGAUUUUGGAAAAAUUGCUUCUUUCCUUGAUCACAAGACAACUGCUGACUGUGUUGAAUUCUACUACAAAAGUCAUAAGCCUGAUUGCUUUGAGAAAGAUAAGAAAAGAAGGAGUGGUACGAGUGAGACGUUGUGUGCAGCCACGACUGUUGAUAAGAGUGAGAAUUUGGGUGUAGCCAAAACUGGUGGUAAGAGUAAGAAGUUGUGUGCAGCCAAAACUGGCUUGAGGGCAUCAGGUAGAAAAAGGAAUUUAAAAGUGAAAGUUGAUUCAAAAAAGAAGUCGAGUGAAGCUCCACUGAAGAAACGUGGCAUAUCAUGCAAUCGAAGAACAGCUUCGGGAAGGCUUUACCUUUGGAGAAGAGAUGAUAUUACAAAUUUAUCAACAGGUGAUGAUAGUAUCGCACAUAGAUCAAAUUCAAACAGUCUUGGCAUUGUUCCAGAUGAAAAAGAGAGUGUUGCAGCUGAUGUGUUGGUUGGCUUGUGUGAUUCUCUUCCAUCUGAAGCUACAAGUUCCUUCAUGACAAAAUCAAUUGAUCCCGUAGAAGCUAGCAGGGAUAGGCCGUGCUUGAAUGUGAGUCCUCAAUGCCAUCAAUCUGUGACUCCCAAUGUUACUCGGGAAAUUGAUGAUGAAUGCAGUUCUCACAAGAGGUGCGACAAAAUGGACCUUUCUGAGUGGAUAAAUGAGGAGAAGGAAGCCUUUUUCAAAACUGUAUCAUCAUUUGGAGACGAAUUUAAAAUGACUGCGCAGAGUGGAACAAGGUCUACAGAUCAGUGCAAAAGAUUUUUCAUCAAGGGUCAGAAAUGCCCAAGAUUAGCUCUCAUGCACAACAAACUUGAAUAUGUUGGAUCUCCAGUGAAUGAGGUAAAUAGUGCCAGGGAUGAGGUAAAUGUUGUGGACGGAAAUUCAGACGUUGGCAAUGAAAAGUCCGAGCUAGACACCAGUAAAAAUGAAGAUAGAAGGCAUCUUAACUUCGAAGAAUCCCAACCUGUGAAAGACGGGAAUGUGUCAAAACCAACAGAAAUUGGAAGCCUGGUUUCCAAUGAAUAUAUAAUUAUGCAGAAUAUCAUGGAAGUGUCAAAUGAGGUUACAAAGUUUGUGACUGCUUCUGAGAUAGUUGAAUCUCCAGUGCAUGAGGUAAAUGAUCCUAGGGAUGAGGUAAAUGUCAUGGAGGCAAAGUCAGACACCAAUAAAAAUGAGGAUGAAAGGAAUCUAAACCGUGAUGAAUCUCAACCUGUGGAAGAUGGGAAUGUGUCAGAAUCAACGGAAAAUAAAAGCAUGGUUUUCAAAGAAUGUAUAAUGGAGGAUAUCAUGGAAGUGGCAGAUGAGGUUAAGUUUGUGCUUGCUUCUGAGAUAAAAUGUCCAGUGAACGAGGUAACUGGUGCCAAGGAUGAGAUAAAUGUUGUGGAGGCAAAGUUGGAAACCAAUAAAUAUGAGGGUGAAAGGAAUCCGAACCAUGAUGAAUCGCAACCUAAUAGGAUUGUGUCAGAAUCAACAGAAAUUAUAAGCAUGGAGUCUAAUGAAGAUAAAAUUAUGCAGGAUGACAUGGAAGUUGGAGAUGAGGUCACAAAGUUUGUUUAUGCUUCUGAGAUAGUAGAAUCUCCCGUAAAUGAGGUAAAUGGUGCCAUCGAUGAGUUAAAUGUUGAAGAGGCUAUGUCGGAAACCAAUAAAAAUGAGGAUCAGAGGAAUCUGAACCUUGAUGAAUCCCAGCCCUUAGAAGAUGAGGAGAAUGAGGUCACAAAGUUUGUACCUGCUUCUGAUUUAGUAAUAUCUCCAAGGAAUGAUGUAAAUGGUGCCAGGGAUGAGGUAAAUGUUGUGGAGGGAAAAUCAGACACCAAUAAAAGUGAGGAUCAAAGGAAUCGGAACCAUGAUGAAUUCCAACCUGUGGAAGAUGAGAAUGUGUCAGAAUCAACAGAUAUCAUGGAAGUAGGAGAUGAGGUAACAAAGUUUCUGCCUGCUUCUGAUGUAGUAAUAUCUCCCAUGAAUGAGGUAAAUGGUGCCAGGGAUGAGGUAAAUGUUGUGGGGGCAAAAUCAGACACCAAUGACAGAGAGGAUGGAAGGAAUCUGAACCAUGAUGAAUUCCAACCUGGGGAAGAUGAGAAUGUGUCAAAAUCAACAGAUAUCAUGGAAGUAGGAGAUGAGGUAACAAAGUUUCUGCCUGCUUCUGAUGUAGUAAUAUCUCCCAUGAAUGAGGUAAAUGGUGCCAGGGAUGAGGUAAAUGUUGUGGGGGCAAAAUCAGACACCAAUGACAGAGAGGAUGGAAGGAAUCUGAACCAUAAUGAAUUCCAACAUGUAGAAGAUGAGAAUGUGUCAGAAUCAUCAAAAAUUAUAAGCAUGGAUAUCAUGGAAGUGGGAGAUGAGGUAACAAAAUUUGUGCCUGCUUCUGAUAUAGUAAUAUCUCCCAUGAAUGAGGUAAAUGGUGCAGCGGAUGAGGUAAAUGUUGUGGAGGAAAAGUCAGACACUAAUAACAGUGAGGAUCAAAGGAAUUUGAAUCAUGAUGAAUCCCAAUGUGUGAAAGAUGUGAACGUGCCAGAAUCAACGGAAUUUAUAAACAUGGUUUCUAAUGAACGUAUAAUUACGCUGGAUAUCAUGGAAGUGGGAAAUGAGGCCACAAAGUUUGUGCUUGCUUCUGAGAUAGUAGAAUCUCCAGUGAAUGAGAUAAAUGUUGUGGAGACGAAGUCAGACACCAAUAAAAACAAGGAUCAAAGGAAUCUGAACCAUGAUGAAUUUCAAGAUGAGAAUGUGUCAGAGUCAACUGACAUUAUAGAUAUGGUUUUUAAUAAAUGUGUAGUUAUGCAGGAUAUCGUGGAUGUGGGAGAUGAGGUCACAGUAUUGGUUCCGACUUCUGAGAUAGUAGAACCAUGCCAGACUCAUUAUGUUGCUGAGGAUGGACUUGUUUCUGAGAAAGUGGUGGAGUUGCCUACAUCUUUGGACGGUAAAUUUGAAUAUGAUAACUCUAAUCUUGUUGCUGAUGAUUAUGGGGUUGUCCUGUACAAUUCUAACAAAUCUAGUUCUGUCAGUGAGGAAAGAGCUGUAGUUAUGCCAGAUAUGAUGGAGGUCGAACAUGAUGAAGUCGGAGGUGUGGUUAGAGGAGUGGUGUCCGCUUCUGAGAUCGUUGAAGCCCAUUCUGUUGCUGAGGAGGACACAUUGGUUUCUGCAAACACACUGGUUCAACAAGAGACAACAACUCUCCAACCUCAAGAUGGCAAUGAUAAUAUCAAGACAAUAACCUUUACUUCUUCAGCAGAGAAGAAUGAUUUAACUGCCAAGGAAGAUGGAAAAACUGUUACAUCUGAAAGUCCAAGGGCUGAAGAGUUGUUAGAUGAGCAAAUUGUAAACGGAGAAAGGCCCAAGAGAAGGGUUUCAGAACCCAAGUAUCUCAAAGAUUACUUACGAUUCAAAUAG